AUGUCAUCUAUUGUGCGUUGGCAUCCUCUUCGUCAGACAAAUAAUUCGAUCAUGUGCAAGCAUAUCACCAACGCUCAGGUUUCGUUUCAAGCACCAUGCUGUAAACGAUGGUUUGAUUGCAGCGAAUGCCACUUCGAGAUGAGCAGUCACCGACAGCAAUGGGCCGCAGAAAUGGCAUUUCUUUGCAAACAGUGCAGCAAGCCUUUUCGCAAAGACAUGGUGACCUUUGAUGAAGAAGACGAAAGCUGCCCACAUUGCACAAUUGGUUUCAUUCAACCUGUAAUUAGUGUGAAUAAUUUAUGA